AUGCGUCGGCGAUGCACCGGAAUCCUGAGCGUUCGGGAGGAUCGUCGUGCAGUGUCCACGGCCUCGAAGGCUCUCCUUGGACAAAGACGACAUGGGCAAUCUCUAGAUCUUCUCGUGAAGUCUAGAGAUCAAUGAAGUGGGUCAUCGAAUCGUCUCCGGCGGCUGUAACCCGGCGGAGCGGAAAAACGGCGACUUUGCGGCUCUCCGGCGGCUGUCACCCGACAGAGAGGAGCUAGAUGGAGGUGGGGCGCAUGUCAGGGAGCUUCAUCCUCAGGUCCGCGCAGCAAGAGGAGGCUCUUCAUCGCAUCUGGUACGCUCUUAGGAGGUGGCGACUCGUCUCCCGGCGGAUCGUUCUCUUCCCGACGACGGCUUGUUCGUCAAUCAAUCGGAGAUGAUUUACUCGAUGGAUUCGCGAUCCUUUUAUCGCGAAUCGUUCAGCAAUUUUAGUAGCAAUGCUCCGUGAAUCGUGUUGACGAGAUUUUCACCGAUGAUCCAGCGAUUCUGGUUGCUUAAUCCUUCACCGGCGAUCUGCAGGAAAGUCGCGAUAAUCAGAUAAAAAGAUAUGAAUUUUGACUCUGGGAGGAUUCGAACCCGCGCCGGUCGCCUGCCUGUGAGGAAGGUGUGACGCGGGUUUAGUCCCACAUCGGUUGUGUGCCGAUUUUUCGGGCAAAUAUAUAGUAAUGUUAGCUUCGGAAGCAAAGUCACUUCUCUCGCGUGUACGACCACUCCUUGCCCCACAGCCGGCUGGCCACCAGUGACGUGGAAGGGGAGUGGCGCACACGUGCCCCUAUCGGUCCAAGCUAAGCCGCUCGAGUCCCUGCUCGCGGCUACUCCCGACUGCGCUUCCGACCCACUUGCGGGCCCGGCUGGCUCAUUUAUCUCAAAAGUAAGACUGUAAAAAUCGUAUAAAAUCACAUAAUUACCCAAAAAUUCACGUUAAUCAACUGAAAACCACUUUUCACACUUUAACACAAAUAUAAGUCUAUUUAUCAUGAGUUAAGGCUAAAACUAUAUUAUUUACUAAUUAUUAACUCAUGAUAAUGAAGACUUAUCACUCCACAUAUAAAAUCAACCAUAUUUCUAUGUUGUUCUAAUAAUCCAUCAUAAAAAAUUCUAUUGAGCUGCCACUUGGGUAUAACAUGAUAAUGACACUUUCUAAGUAAAUCUUUGAAUGUUUCCCAUGUCUCAUGUAAAGUUUCUCCUGAUCUUUGAGAAAAAUUCCAUAUAUGUUUUCUCAUAUUUUGAGUUUUUCCUAAGGGAUAAAAUUUUCGAAGAAAGGCUUGUUCUAUGUCUUUCCAGCUAGUUAAUUCUCUAUCUAAUGUGGAUAGCCAAUGACUAGCUUUGUCCCUAAGUGUAUGAGGAAAUAAUUUCAUCUUAAUAAUUUCUGGUGUAACUUGAGGGAGAUUAACUAAAUCAUGACCAUAUAAAAUUUUUCUAAGUGCUGAUGAGGUUCUUCUAAAGGCAAUCCAUGAAAAUUAGGGAGCAUUUGAAAAAUUCUUGGAUUUAUUUCGAAUUUAACAUUGGGUGCUAAUGGGACUCUAAUAUUGGAUGCUCUUUGAAAUGAAUCAAGGAUAUAAUAAUUUUUCAUGGCCAUAGGAUUGUUCUCAGUUUGACCUGUACUUUCUUCAGGAUCUAUCAAAAUUAAUUUUUAUUUCAGAUUUUUAGUUUUGAAUGAAAUAAUGAAAGGAUUUUCUAGCCUUGGAUGCAAGGAUCUUCUACCAUGCAUAAAAAAACAAUAAAUUUGAGGGAAAAGUUCAUUAAUUGUUACCCUCCUUCAGUAUGCUCCAGUCCUUGCCUUGUUUCUUUUCGUUCCCUUUUUCUAAAAACAAAAUCGGCAAGAAGAAAAUAAAAUAAGAGUUAAAUUUUUUUUGUGUACUCUAAGAGAAAAAAAAAAAUACUAAAUAUGAUGCAAUACAUCCCCAGCAACGGCGCCAAAAUUUGACAUGACUCAGUUGUUGUAUAUUAAAUCACACAAAUCUAAAAUUUAUAAAACUAGAAAAUAUGAUUUUUUAGAUAUUUAGAAGUAUUUCUGAACAAAUAUAUCAAUUAUAAUUUAAUAAAACUUCCAAAAAUAGCGGUAAUUUUCCAGGUUGAUCACAGGGAUGUAAUAUAAUAUUUGGUAAUUAUUCAGAUUUUUUUCUCAAUGAAUACGAUUUUCUAUGGAUUUUAUACUACAAAAUGAAAAGGAAAUAUAUUUAAAAUUCAUGAAAAAAGGAAAUAAGGGUGUAGACGUUAGGAUGACAUCAACGCCCGGCGAACGCGAAUCGGGCGGAAACAGAGUUCCGCCUGGCGAUUCUUACAUAAGCGAAUUUGAUUUCUAUGAAUGUUUAAAAGAAGAAAUUGGAUUGGUAUAAUCCAUGGUUUAAGGUUAUAUGCAUCAUAAAGUAGUCCAAAUUAAUCAAAUUAAGAUCUGUAAAAGCUGGAAGAAUCGUAAUUGAACGAAGUAUAUUUUGGUAAAUUAAAAUCACACAAAGUAUCACUAAAUGAAGCGUAAAUUAAGUUGAAAGCAGGAAAAUAGAGUUCUGGCGUCGCGACAGCAAUGCGUCGGUGAUGCACCGGAAUCCUAAGUGUUCGGGAGGAUCGUCCUAUAGUGUCCACGGCCUCAAAGGCUCUCCUUGGACAAAGAUGACGUGGGCAAUAUCUAGAUCUCCUUUCAAAGUCUAGAGAUCAAUGGAAUGGGUCGUCGACUCGUCUUCGGCGGCUGUCACCCGGCAAAGUGGAAAAAACAGCGACUUUACGGCUCUCUGGCGGCUGUCACCCGACGGAGAUGAGCUGGAUGGAGGUGGGGCGCGUGUUAGGGAGCUUCAUCCUCAAGUCCGCACAGCAAGAGGAGGCUCUUCAUUGCAUUUGGUACGCUCUCAGGAGGUGGCGACUCGUCUCCCGACAGAUCGUCCUCUUCCCGACGACGGUUUGUUCGUCGAUCAAUCGGAGAUGAUUUACUCGAUGGAUUUGCGAUCCUUUUUUCGCGAAUUGUUCAGCAAUUUUAGUAGCAAUGCUCUGCGAAUCGCGUUGCCGAGAUUUUCGCCGAUGAUCUAGGGAUUCUCAUUGCUUAAUCCUUCACUGGCGAUCUGCAGGAAAGUCGCGAUAAUCAGAUAAAAAUAUAUGACUUUUGACUCUGGGAGGAUUCGAACCCGUGCCAGUUGUCCGCCUCUUCUGAGGAAAGUGUGACGCAGGUUUAGUCCCACAUUGGUUGUGCGCCGAUUUUUCGGGUGAAUAUAUAGUAAUGUUACAUUUCUAAGCAAAGUUCCUUCUCUCGCGUGUACAACCACUCCUUGCCUCACAGCCGGCUGGCCACCGGUGACGUGGAAGGGGAGUGGCGCAUACAUGCCCCUAUCGGUCCAAGCCGCUCGAUCCCCUGCUCGCGGCUACUCCCUGAUUGAGCUUCCGACCCGCUUGCGGGCCCGGCUGGCCGGCGAGUCCCCCUCAUUUUGUCUUUUUUUUAUUUUUAAUUUCUUUUUCUUCAUUUAUCUCAAAAGCAAGACUAUAAAAAUCAUAUAAAUUCAUGUAAAAUCACAUAAUUACCUAAAAAUUCACAUUAAUCAACUGAAAACUACUUUUCACACUUUAACACAAAUAUAAGUCUAUUUAUCAUGAGUUAAGGCUAAAACUAUAUUAUUUACUAAUUAUUAACUCAUGAUAAUGAAGACUUAUCAGUAGGUAUUAAGGGGUCAUACUUGUUUGUUAAUUAAGGUCAAAUGAUGAUAAAUGUCACAUUAACUAAUGUCAAAUGUAAUACAAUUGAAUGAAAAAUUUUAAAGUAAGAUUCUAGAAAUAAUUUCAUAAAUUUCUGCUCAAAUCUUCAUAUCAUUUUUGAGAAAUUUCUACUUAACCUUCAAAUCUAUGCUCAAAUCUUUGUCUUAGGUAGAUAACCUUGAACUAUUUUAUUUUAUGAGUUAAUAAUGUGUAAUUAAAGUGAUAAUUUGAUAUAAUCAAUAGAACAUUAUUUUAUUUGAUUUUUGUGAAGUUUAAGUUAAAAUAGAAGAUGUCACCAGUCAUAGAAGGCAACAUCAUCUAAGUUAUAUUUUAUGAGCCACAUUAGCACAGAAGUGCAUGCAAACUUGUUGGAUGCCACCUCAUCUUUCUAUUUUGAAAACCCUUAAAAUUACCAAAUAAAUUAGGAGGUAAGAGGAGCAAAAGGGGGGAGUUUUCCCCUCUUUCUUGUUUCUCUCCCUCUCUCUUGUUCUCUCUCCUUUUCUCUCUCGUUCUCUUUCUCUCUCUCUCCUUUUCUCACUUGUUCUCUUUCUCUAUCUCUCUCUCUCCCUCUCUCUCUCAUUCUCUUUCUCUCUCUCUCCUUUUCUCUCUUAUUCUCUUUCUCUAUCUCUCUCUCUCUCCCUCUCUCUCUCAUUCUCUUUCUCUCUCUCCCUCUCUCUCUUGUUCUCUUUCUCUCUCUCUCUCUCUCUCUCUCUCUUUCUCUCUCUCUCUCUCUCUCCCUCUCUCUUGUUCUCUUUCUCUCUCUCUCUCUCUCUCUCCCUCUCUCUCUCCCUCUCCCUCUCAUAGUCAUGAUAUAUUUUUGUUAUAAAUAAGGGGUAGUGUAGGUAUUAAAAUCUUUCAAGCCUUUCUAGAGAAGGUGUGAUGCGGGUUUAGUCCCACAUUGGUUGUACGCCAAAGUUUUAGGCGAAUAUAUAAUAAUAUCAUAUUUCUAAGUAAUAACCUUUCUCUCAGGUGUACGACUACUCCUUGCCCCACAACCGACUGGCCACUAGUGCCGUGGAAGGGGAGUAACAAGCAUGUGUCCCCAUCGGUUCAUAGCCGCUCAAGCCCCCACUUGUAGGUCUUCCCUAAUUGUGCUUUCGACCCACUUGCGCCUGGUUGGCUGGCGGGUCCCCCUCUUUUUCUAUUUUUUUAUUUUAUUAUUUUCUUCUUUAUUUAUCUCAAAAAUAGAAUUAUAAAAAUCAGAUAGAUUUGCAUAAAAUUAUAGAAUUAGCCAAAAAAUCACAUUAAUCAACUGAAAAUCACUUUUCGUAAUUUAACACAAAUAUAAGUCUAUUUAUCAUGAGUGAAGGCUAAAAUUAUAUUAUUUAUUAAUCGUUAACUCAUGAUACUGAAGACUUACUAACGAGUCAUCACAAUACUAGAUGCAUAAAGUAAUCCACCGACAGUUUAUGAAUCUGAUGCCGCUUAGCACACACGUGACCAUAAAUGAUGAUCUGUUGAUAAGCAAAGCACCACGGUACAAAGGACCUUAAGUUUUCAGUCGAUAACAAUUCAUGGUGGGUUAAUCCUAUGGUGCUCAAUAUGCCACAUGACCAAGCACAUCUGAUCUAGUAGUUCAUGAAGUAUCAUAAUUCCGAGAACUUAAGUUUUCACAUGUAUCAUCGUUAGGAAUAUGAAGACAAUAAUCAAUUAUUAUCUGGUGAUGUACACUUGUUGUUGUGUUUAAAUACACAUUAUCUAAUAAUAUUUACAACUAAGAUUUAAUAAAAUAUUAGUAUAGAUGUAAGUUUCAGGUUGAACAUAAGAAAUUGAUUAAUCAAUCUUGAAAAAUUAAUUUAAUUUAUAUUUAGAGUGAUUUUUAAUAUUUUAAUAACAUUUAAUAGAAAUAAUAAACUAGAAGGUUGAGGUGAGAAGAAUAAAAGGAGGAAAAGAGAGUAGAGAUAGCUCUUACGAAAGAGAGAGGAGAUCUCUCACAAAAGAGAGAGAAAGAGAGAGAUGGAGAGAAAUCUCACAUGAGAUGGAGAGAGAGAAAGGUCUCACAAAAGAGAGAGAAAGAGAGAAGGAGAUUGAUCGAUGGAGAGAAAGAGAGAGAGAUUGAUCAAUAGAGAGAGAGAAAGAGAGAUAGAUCUCAUGAGGGACAAAGAGAGAAGAAGAGGUCUCAUGAGAGAGGGAGAUAGAGAAAUAAGACAAUAAUAAAAGAAAGAGAAAAAUAUGGUCAACCCGUUUUCACAAUGACCAUUAUUUCAGACAAAUGUAUGCUCGAGAAUUCACACACAUGACAUGAGGUCAGUUGUGAUUGUCUCCACCUUGUUUUAACAAUUUGGUGCUCAUUAAUCAGCCUUUAAUCUUGUUUAUUUCAUGUUUGAAAAUAAAAAAAUACUUGUUAUUUACAGAACAUUUAGAAUACAAAUACAUCGAGAUUUAACUAUAGAAAUCAAUGAAAAAUAAGUUAGAACAAUUUUAGGUUGAUCUCAAAUGAGUUUCAAAGGAUUCAGAAAAAGAACAAAGAUCAUUCACCGAGUUUUGAAUUAGUUCUACUCAUUUCAAUUGAAGCAUAUGUGAAAUAGAAAUAACUUGUAGUAAAAUAUAAAUAAAUGACAAAAAUAGAUAAAUAAAUACUGAAAGGAAGAAAGAAAUCAUUGCCUAGGUUUAGUUUGCCUCUUAGGCAAUUGGAAACACCGAGGUGAUGGCUUGGUUUUGUCUGAACUAAUAACUUGUGAAAAUUAUAUGCUAACCUAUUAUCAAAUCAGAGAGAAUAAUGUAUAUUUGAGAAAUAUUUCACAAGUUAUCAUGUUAACUAUUUUAUUUGUUAUUUAAAUAAACCUCUCUAAAUCUUAAUUUAAAUUGAUAUUUUAUGAAUAAAAAUAAAAUUGAUGAGAAUUUAUUUCAUAUCUUGAGGCUUAAUUAUCAUUUAUUUUUAUUUUUAAAUAAAAUAUUAUUUUACUAAAUAUUUAUCAUUAAUUGAAAUAUAUUUUAUAUAAUUUUUCUGAAAAUUUUAGGCAUUAAAAUAAAUAUAAUUAGAUGACAUCAUUAUUAUAUAUGAUAACACUCGCAUAACAUUUCCGAUAUGGGAUUCACUUUAUAUUCUUUUCAGAUCUGACGAUAGCACCAUAGUAGUGGUCAGAUCCGACACACGCCAUGAAGCCACAUCACCACCACUGUCAUAUGAAAAAGUAGCUCCAAGAUCCGACGGCGACCACUAGUAGUUCCCACGAUCCAAGAGACUCCACGUCACAGCCAUCAACACACGAAAAGUAGCCACCAAUCCAAUGGUGGCUAUCGUGGCAUCUGAUGCACAAGGAUCCUAAUAAAGCAUGCGCCAAAGGAGCGAAACCCGAUGGAGAUCUAAUGGCAAUUAUUGGGCCCAAGUCACCCCUCUUUGAGCAAAAUGACGACACGAGGAUCCAACAGUAUCAAACCACACUUUGGAGGAUAUAUUUACAGAUAUCGAUUAUUGUCUAGUAAAAUAGACGAUAUCGAUUAUUCUCUCGCAUGCACAGAAGGGUAUAUGUUCAAAUAUCGAUUAUCAUCUGGUAAAAUAGAUAAUCUAUCAAUUAUUGCCACAUGAGAAAAGGGGAAAAUGCCAGAAAAAUCAGAGAAAAAUUGGCAAAAUACAGAAAAAAAUAGGAAGUCAAAAUAGAAAUGCAAUUUCAAAUCUGGGGGACAAAAAGGAGGAAGAAGGAGAGAAAGGAGGCUUUUUCAGAGUUGUUCUUGGGUUGUUCUUGAGAGAAAACGUUGUUCUUCUUUCUCAUGCAAAAAUAAAAAUCUGAAGAGUGCAUCGUUGAUUUCGAUUGUUCUCCUCUACCCUUUUCACCUUAAAUCCAUUCCGUUGAACUAGAUGUAAGAUUGAGAAAUGCUACUCAGAGGUCGACAUCAAGCCAUGCAUUCUAAGAGUUGUAAGUUUGAUUUUUAAUAGAGUUUUCAUUAUUUUCUUAUUUGAUCUGUGAAAUAAUUUUAUUUCCUUAGGUUUAAUCAUUUAUUUACUUAUUUCUCUUCUAUCUUAUCAAUCCAAAGCAUAUUUAGUUUACUCAUUUUAAUUUAUUUAAUUUUUAAAAUCAUAUUUAUAUUUAUUUGCCAUUUUAUUUCAUUUAUUGCUUUGAAUACCAAGUUAAAUCUUCUAAUAAAUUUCGUAAUUAUUUAAAUUAAAGAAUAAAAGGAUUUUUAAAAGCCUUCCCUUAGGAGAUGACCUAGCUCGACACUAUAUCUAUUUAAAAUUAUUAUUAUUAUUAUUGGUGAAUCUAGGCCUAUAAACUAUUAAAAUUGAUUCAUGAUUCUAAUAACUACUUAGAACCAUAUGAGAAAUGAAAAUAAAAUAAAUUUAAAAUUAAAAAAAAAGAGAAAUAAGGGUACGAAUGUCAAGAUGAUGUCAGCACUCGACGAAUGCAAAUCAGGUGAAAAUAGGGUUCUACCUGGUGAAUCUCAUGUAGGUGAUUACAGAUGAUUUAAUUGGUCAAAUUAAGAUCUAUAAAAGUCGAAAUAAUCAUAAUUAAAUGAAGAGUAUUUUAGAAAAUUUAAAGCACAUAAAUUAUCUCUAA